AUGGUAGGUGACAGUGGUAAAGCGUUGUGCAUACUACUGCAAGGACCUCGGUUCGAGUUCUGUUAUUUCACAAUAGUACAGAUUUUAAUUUUUUCAACUCUUGUUCAGACACUCAACAGCGACAAGUCGUUGCAGACUGCACUUCUGAACGAUUUGAUUGACGACACCACACAGGAGGAGGUUGUCGCUCUCUGCUCCACAGUCAUCGAGGAGAGGAAAUACAAGGCGGAGAGAGACAAGACAGUGGCGGGUCUGGUGGAGGAGGUGUUCGUGAUGCCUGAGGUGCAGCGUCAGGUCAACCUCAGUGUGUGGUCGCUUCUCUUCGAUAUCAGCCGCACUCUCCCUCACGAAGAGUACCUCCAACUUAAGAAAAAGGAAGAUAGGCUCUUCCUGGAUCCAGUGGCCCGUGCGGCGCUGCUCUCCCACGUGCUAGAGGAAGAUAACCGGGUAGAAGGCAUGAAGGAGGAGAAGAUACUGUCAGAGGUCCCGUGGGACGUGCUAGCCUUCAACUAUCACAAGGACCUACAGAAGAAAGCCCUCUCCAGUAACACCGCACUCAAGAUGCUGCAGGCGCGGCUGGUGAUACAAGCGGCGAGGGAGGAGAUAUUUCAGGAAGGUCUACUGGACGCCCUCGAGGAAGACCUUAAGCAAAGAGACGAAUAUGAGAAGCUCACCACGCCUCCCCGCCAAGGGUAGUCCUGAAAUUCCCAAGCAAC